AUGCUUGAAAUCACUUGCAAAGGCUCGCCCUACGAGAUAGGACACCAACACGGUUCCCAAGCAACCCACCAAAUCCAAGGCAGCAUAACCUUCUAUAGCAACCUCUUCGACCAAAACGCGAAGCUCUCUUGGUCCCAGGUGCAAUCCACCGCUCUUGAAUUCGAGGACACGAUACGACAACACUGGCCAGACUACCUUGAAGAGAUGAGGGGGAUAGCAGAGGGAGCUGGAAAAACACUUGCCGAUAUCAUUGCCUUGAAUGUUCGCACCGAAAUCAACUUUGGUUUAUUUUCUGAUGGGUGUACUGCGUUGUCCUGGUUACACAAAGAUGCCAGUAUACUGGCUCAGAACUGGGACUGGAUGACAGAGCAAAAACAAAAUUUGCUUCUCAUGACUAUCCACCAGCAAAACAAACCCACCAUCAAAAUGGUCACAGAAGCAGGCUUGAUAGGCAAAAUCGGCUUCAACUCUGCAGGCGUAGGCGUCUGUCUCAACGCCAUAAAAGCAAAAGGAAUGGACAAGACACGUAUGCCAUGCCAUCUAGGCCUGCGUGCGGUGCUCGAAAGCAAUUCUUGCAAAGAAGCUGUUGCAGAGCUGCAAAAAUAUGGUAUAGCAUCUUCAUGCCACAUGCUGAUUGCAGACUCUCAAGGUAGUGUGGGUUUGGAAUGGAGUUAUAAAGAUCUACAGGUCUUGGAGAUGAAUGAGAGGCAGCAAGUGUUUCAUUCCAACCAUUACUUGGUGGAGCAUCCGGGUGUGGUGGAUACGGUUUGGUUGGAGGACAGCAGGUUUAGGAUCAAACGUAUACAGGAGAUUUGUGAUGGAGUAGGUGAUGCGCCGACGACCAAAAAGACACAAGGGCUGUUCAAGGAUGAGAAGAAUUAUCCGUAUGCUAUCUGUCGGGCGGAGGAAGAGGGCAAUCAUUCGGGUACGUUGUUCAAUAUCGUGAUGGAUUUGAAGGCGAAGAAAGCUUCGGUGAUACUGGGUAGACCGAUGACACCGGAGGGGGUAUAUGAGUUGGGCUUUUAG